UAGUAGAAAGCAACAUUUGCUCUUCCUUCAAUGGAAUCACAACUUCUAAAGACGUUUCUUCUGUUGAGCUUUCUGCGCUCAGCUGUCCCAGCUACUCUCAAUUUCCUGUCGGAUUCGGAAAUUCGCAACCAUAUCAAUCAAGAAUGGAACAAAUCUAAGAACAGCUCUUGUGAGGAGAGCCAGUGCGCUCCCGGACACUGCAUCAAUGUUCUCGGACGAGACAUUUGUCUCUGGCCGGAAGGAAUUAACAGAUCACACAGCGGGAAAGACGUAGAGAAGAGAUGCUCCCUUUUGUGCUGGCCAAGGAAGCGCUUUGUGAAGAAAGGCAAGGAGGUGUGCUUGUGUCCUGAGGGAUUUGUGUUCUCUCGCGGUUUCUGCAAGAGGGUAAGGGUAAAAUGUCAGAGAUCUCUAAGCUGCUUCCCUGGCGAAUGCUCUAUCGUGAAAGAGAAAGAAGUGUGCCUUUGCCCUCCCGGAUAUUUCUCAGAGCAUGGAUUUUGCAAAGAAGCCACUAAUGUAUGUAGCCAUUUCGACUGCAAACCAGGGCAAUGCAUGAAAGAAUUCGGAGAGGAGAAGUGCCUUUGUCCAGCCGGAUAUACAGCAAAAGAUGAUAAAUGCGUGGAGAUUUCACUCCAUGUUCCUGGAAAACUAACAACUGUCAUGCUGAUGGUCAUCGUCUCGGCGGCGUCGGUCAUUCUAACGACACUGUUUGGAGUUGGAAUUUGCUAUUACUUCUCACAACGCGGCUGAGACCAUGUUUCUCA